AUGUUGUCUCUAACAACCACCACCAUCAAUGUGGCAGCGACGGCGAAAGAGCAAGAGCUAGAUCGAAUUACAGCGCUGCCGGGACAACCGCCAGUUUCGUUCUCACAGUAUUCUGGUUACGUCACCGUCAACAAGAAACAUGGCCGUGCUCUCUUCUACUGGUUCACUGAAGCCACUGCUUCUCCUCAUAACAAACCUCUCGUUCUUUGGUUCAAUGGAGGACCAGGUUGUUCAUCAGUGGCUUAUGGAGCAUCAGAAGAAAUUGGCCCAUUUCGGAUUAAUAGAACCGGUUCAUCUCUUUAUCUCAACAAAUAUUCAUGGAACAGAGAAGCGAAUAUUCUCUUUCUUGAAUCGCCUGCUGGUGUCGGUUUCUCAUAUACAAACACAAGCGCUGACCUUAUUGAUUCUGGGGACAAAAGGACAGCUCAGGAUGCUCUAACCUUUUUGCUCCAGUGGUUAUCAAGAUUUCCUCAAUACAAAUACAGAGAAUUCUACAUUUCCGGGGAGAGCUAUGCAGGGCAUUAUGUUCCUCAGUUGGCCAAGGAAAUCGUCAAUUACAAUAAAGCACAUUCCCAUCCCAUUAUCAAUCUGAAGGGAUUUAUUGUGGGCAAUGCUGUAACAGACAAUUAUUAUGAUAGCAUUGGAACCGUGGCAUAUUGGUGGACACAUUCUAUGAUAUCUGAUCACACCUACAGAUCAAUCCUCGACCACUGCAAUUUCACAGCCGAUAAAUCAACAACACAAUGCGAUGACGCUGUAAAUUAUGCCAUGAACUAUGAGUUUGGAGAUAUUGACCAGUACAGUAUUUACACACCAUUUUGUUUGACACAGAUUACUAACUCCGCAAGGAAUCUAAGGCUGAAAAACACUCUUCUGUGCCGACGUGGGUAUGAUCCGUGCUCUGAGAAUUAUGCAGAGAAGUACUAUAAUCGGCCAGAUGUACAGAAGGCAAUGCAUGCAAAUAUUACUAAAAUCCCAUACAAGUGGACUGCUUGCAGCGAUACUCUUAUCAAGAAUUGGAAUGAUUCAGAAGAUUCCAUGCUGCCUACAUACAAGGAGCUGAUGGCAGCUGGUCUAAAAAUCUGGGUUUUCAGCGGGGACACAGAUUCAGUAGUACCAGUGACGGCUACUAGAUUUUCUCUUAGUCAUCUCAACCUUACUAUCAAAACCCCUUGGUAUCCAUGGUACACAGGAGGCCAGGUGGGAGGAUGGACAGAAGUCUACCAUGGCUUAACCUUUGCAACUAUACGAGGUGCCGGCCACGAGGUUCCACUGUUUCAGCCAAAGAGAGCCUUCGUGCUUUUCCAAUCAUUUUUAGCAGGAAAACAAUUGCCAAGACCUAAUUGA